ACUCUAGUUCCCUCUUUCUUUCACGACUCCGAUGGACUCAUCUCCUACAUUCACCUUUCUCCCUCCACCCCCACCCCCAGCCCCAAACCCUAACCCUAACCACCACCACACCUCCACCGCUGCCACCCACCCUCCCGACAUCACCACCACACUCUCAACCCUAAAACACCUCAUCCACCUCUCCAAAUCCACCCUCACUUCCCUCUCCACUAUCCUCCCCACCCCCACCACCACCGCCACCACCACCACCACCGCCACAUGUCCAUACAACUCCAACCACUGCCUCCCUCCCUCCUCCCUCUUCCGCCACCACCUCCUCUGCCCUUCCUCCCCCUCACCUAUCUCUCUCUCUCUCCUCCAAUCCCUUCACUACCCUAACUCCCUCCAAUCCCCAAUCACCACUCACGAAAUCAAUCAUCUCAAUUCCAACACAGAUCUCUCUAUAUCCUUAACCGAUUAUCACACAUCUCUCGAUUCAAACUUCUUUUACACUGAUUGUCCGGCGGUUGUUACGUUUCCGCAACACAAUAACAACGCCGAUCUUACGCUUACGUUGCCACCUGUCUUAUCAGCUGAGUGUGCAGGUUUUACAGGCGACGGUGAAGAUGACAUCACCGGCGCCAUUGAUGGUUUGUUUAGUAGUGGUUAUUUUGUUAAGCUGCUUCCUUCUGAGUACUACAAUGUUAGGAUAGAGAUUAGUCAGUGGAAUGAUUAUCCGUCGGUUUAUUCGCGCGGUGUUGUUUGUUUGAUUGUGUGUUGUUGUUACUUGUGUGGGGAGGAUGGUUUGAUGGAGUGGAUGCUGGUGAAUUCGCCGUUUUAUGGGGUUGUGAUUGAUGUGUUUUUGAGGGAUCAUAUGCUUCUGUUGUUUAGGGUUUGUUUGAGGGCUAUAGCUAGGGAGGCUGUUGGAUAUAUGGUUUUGUUUUCGAAAGGGGAGCGAGCGGGUGGUGGUGAUUGUCCGGUUUUGUACAGAGUGUUGAUGUGGUUAGGUUUGCAGUUUGGUAUAUUGUAUGGUGAAAUGAAUGGGAAGUUGUUUGCGGUUAAUAUGUUAAAGCAAGCUUUAUUGAAUGUUUCAUCGAAAUCUUUGAUUUCUUUUGAUGAAUCGUCUGGUUUAAGUGAUAAGGAUGGUGUUAAUGGAAGCAAGGAGAAUGAUGGAAGAAGUAGAAAGGGGAAGAUUUUAGUUUCACAAAUAGCAGCAGCUGUUGCUGCGUUGCAUGAACGUUCUGCGUUUGAAACAAGAAUCAAAGCUAUACGCUCUUCGCGGUUUGUUCCGGUUUAUCAAAGAGUGCAAGAGCAUGAAUAUAUAUCUAGGGCGGCUGGUGAAGAGCGUAAAAAACGUCCAAAUUAUAGACCUAUAAUCGAACACGAUGGAGUACUUUGGCAUAGGGGAGGUAACCAGGAUUCAAAUAAAAAUAAGUCACAAGAGGAAUUAAUAGCUGAAGAAAGAGAUUACAAAAGGCGAAGAAUGUCAUAUCGUGGCAAGAAAAUGAAAAGAAGCACCACACAGGUCAUGAGGGAUAUAAUUGAUGAAUACAUGGAAGAAAUCAAGCAUGCAAACAUGGCUUCUGCAGAUGCCAUAAACCUUGAAUCAGGAUCUUCUUCUAUAAGCAACAUACAUGUGGAUAAACACAGACAUGAUGAGAUUAAACAGAAAACUCUUUCGAAAGAAUCAGUUUCUGCAAGAUACGAAGACAAGGUUAGAGAAAAAAGCAACAAACACGGACAUAAGGAUAACAAAUCUAGCAUACGGAAGAGAAAAGAUCGUUCUUCAAGCCCUAAUAAUCACCAUAAGAGCAAGCAUAAAGACAGAAGAUCAUCUUCUAAUUUACCAAAUGAAUUCGAGGACAGAUACGAUCCUUCUAAAUCUCAUGAUAGUGAUGUUUAUGGUCUCUAAAAUUUGACAGCUGUUGUGAUCGACUUUAAGCUUCAUUUUUCUAAAAAAAGUAGGAAGUUAUCCAGGCUUGAGAAGUUUAUCCAAAUCUGUAUCCACCCUUAUAUCCUUUUUUGUUCUACAUUUAUCGUUCAAAAUAUAUAUUUUAUACAUGUCUAGUGUCAAAUAUGCUUAUUGCUUACCACAAACCAUGUUGAUGACCAUACUAAUUUUAUAUUUCGAAUUAUUCAUGCAUUAAAAGUACACAUUGGAUGACUACUUGUCUCCAUCCAUUUCGACCAUACCCUUUUGUGACCGUUUUUGGUAUUAUCAGUUUGACCCGUUCAUGAUGAAAUACAACCCAAAUUGACCCAUUCGUGAGCAAAUCUCAUCUCUCACUUUGAGUAUACGGGGACUUUUAUUAACACGUAGUGACGGGAACAAACUAUUUACUACAUUCGUUAAAAUCAUGUUUAUGGUAUAUUUGCAUACAACACUUGGCAAUUUGGCACAUGUUUACCUGUUGGUUAGUUUAUUAAAUGAGUAGCGUGCUGUAGUGCAACGGUUAUAUAUCUCAUAGAACAAUGGUAUCUUGUGAGAGUCGAAGUAACAGUUGUCUUUUUUUGUCACUACUUACUCAAACAGGGUGUUUAAAAAAACAUAAUCAUUAAGAACUUUAGGGGUCAAAUGGUAUAAUUUGUGUGCAUAAAAGAUCCAUCAGUUCUAAGAUGCAUAGAUUAUGUGUAAUUUCUUCUAUAGAUAGGUAGGUCCAUUCAUUACUUAUAGACCCACCACAAACAUGUAUUCAAUGUCUAUACACACGUGGUGGGUUCAAAUGAGAACCAUUUUAAAAUUGUAAUGAACGGCCUCUAUCUUUGUCUGAAAGGCGCAUCUGAUGUAUGAGGCUCACCGGCCCAUCAUGAAAGCUCCAGUGCCUUGAGGUGGCGCCUCAUUUACUUUUGGGUCAAAAUUGGUUAAAGUUUUAUCGACACAUUGCCUUUGCUUCUUGCAUGCAUGAUCAUAUAUCACCCAUCCUUGUUGUAUGGCUGAACAAAUUGUGUUUUGUCGGCUUUGCAGGUGAAAUUGAAGUUGGUUUGUGCUGCCAUAAACAUAUAAACAUACAGCAGCAAGAUUUAUGUCGUUCGAAAAAAAGCAGCAAGAUUUAUGAUUUUAAAUGUGUUCUUUGUUUUUUUAGUUGAAUAGAUUCUCUUGUAUCUUUCAUCUGCUGCUGGUCUUCAGCUUGAUUAUUUUCAGUCAAUUUUUAUCUAGGUCGGUUGAUCUCA